AAACCAUGUAUAUUUGUCAACGGUCUAGCCACGUUGGAUUAUUAGUUUCUGUUAAAUAAUUAAAAUCAAGUAAUGUGGACACAAUUAAUAAAAUGGAUGAGUGACCCAUUCGGAAUAAACAGAAACGUGUGCUGCGGUACUAGAAAAGUGAGGAAGUGAUGCACUUCUUUGUUAGUAUUGGAUAAACGUGAGAAGGUGUUCGUAGGAAAUGACCGGUCCCAUAAAUAGGGAAAGUGAAAAAACAACCGUAUAUGGAUAUUUGUUUUAAUACGUGAUCAGUGCACGCCCCAUAGUAUUUGAAAUUUAUUUAUUGUUUUUUAUUCAUAAAAAUUAUGGAUUUUGUACUAUCCUAGUGACAUUACGUUAAUAUUGUGUAAAAACUCUAUUGUACAAAUGCCGGUUUCGCGUUCAAAGUUAUCGAACAAAGGGCAGUGUUGAACGAAAAGAUUUGGUCAUACGUGUGGACUUCAUAGUGUUAAUUAAUAAAUAAUAUCGUAAACAACGAACAUUGAGAUCCGACAUUUGUUCGAUAUUUUUAUUUAUAACAUCAACGUGGAUACCACCGGACGAUGUCGUUAACGGUUCAACAAAUUAUAUUGGAUGCUAAAAAAUUAGUUAUAAGAAUAUCAGAUCAUGAAAAUGCUGCUGAUAAUUUAAUUAGCGAUAUGGAAUCUGUCCAUAGUCAGAUUGAUAAUAUGAAACAGUAUCAAGAAGAAAUUGAUAUAUUGAAUACGGAAGCUAAACAAACACCUCAUGUACAACUUAUUGCCGGUAUGCAACGUGAGAAUAGGCAUUUGCUUGAAAUUCAUGCCGAAAAUAAAGAAUUAAGAAACGCUUUGGAAGAUCAUCAAAACGCGCUUGAAUUAAUAAUGUCCAAGUAUAGGCAACAAAUAGCUUCGCUGAUGCGUCUCAGUAAAACAGAUUCCUCAUCUUUGCAUAAUACCAAAUAUGCUAACAUAAUUACAAGGCAAGCGGAAAAAAUAAAUGAAAUGGCAGCUGUAAUGAAAACAGCUGCAUCAUUAGAUGAAGAAAAAGAAUGCAAAGAAAUGGAAGCGUUUCAUUGCUUGAAAAAAGAAAACGAUGGUUUGCGAGAGGUUCUUAAUAUCGCCAACAAAUUUGGUUCGCUGAACAAAAACAUUUCGGUUGAAAAUAAGACAGUACAAACGGAUCCGUUAUAACUUUGAAUUUCUAGACCCUUUUGUAUACAGAUUGCACAGUAUUCAUUUUAUACUACAAAUUACAACCAUAUAGCAUAAAUACAGUAAAUAUAUAUAUAUAUAAAUAUAAAUAUAAAUAUAUAUAAUUCAGGUGGCAAAAGCAAUAGGAAACCGUAUGUACAAAAAUUAGUUUCUAUAUCUUCUUUGUUAUAUACAGAACAAAAAAAGAAAUUAAAUAAUAAUAAUAAUAUAUAAGAUUUGUUAAUAAUGAUAAUAACAUAUUUUUCGGUAUCAGUAUAACAAUUUUCCUUAUGAUGCAGUAGCGAGUUUAAAAAACAAACGGAAAUACGAAGGAAGCGUUUAACCAGUUAGCUGUGCCGACAUUUUGAAAAGGGUGUGUACCUAAAUUGCGUCGCCAAAACAGAGGAAGGGUCGACUAGUAUACUCGUCAAACAUAGAAUAUGUGUAGCUGUUAUAAUAUUGAAUUAAAGUGUAAUCAAAUGACUGUCUUAUUUUAAUAUAAAAUUGAUUAUUAAACAAAAAAAGAAAAAAUUUAGAAAGGAAAGAAAAGAAUCACUUUGUUCACACUAUAUAUACCGUAUUUUCAUAAUAAUUAUUUAUAUUAUUCUCUUUUUGUUCCGUUUUUAUUUUGUUAUUCUCCAAAUAUUUUCGAUAUCUUAAAAUUUACGAAUAUAUUAUAAUUUUUACUAAAAUUACAAUUUAUAUAAAUAGCAAAUAGUAACUAUUUUUUUUCACGUGACGAGUAUACUCGUCAAUCACAUUUAAACUGGUUAAUAUGAAUGAAUAAAAUUCGAAAUAUGCAAUAGUUACUCAAUUAUAAAACUAUCAUAAAUCGCUUCGUUGCUGCAACAAAGAUAAACGAUUUAUAAUUUAAAAAAAAAGGUACUAACAUAUUUCUUUUCAAUAUUCCUGCAUUAUUUGUUUAUCUUCAAUACGCAUUGGUGGAAUGAUGUAUAAAUCAAUUUGAAACGAAAAAAAAAGUUAAGAAAGAAAAAAAUUAACUGUAUUUAUACAUAUAUAUCAUAGCACGUGUGUAGUAAAAAUAUUCUGUAAGAAAACAAAAAACUCGAAUUAUUAUUUGAAUACGCGUAAAGAAAAAAAAAAUGAAAAAGAAUUGUUUAAGUUGUCGUGUAUAGUAGUGAUGUAAAAAUUGUAUAAACAUUCUUUCCUCUCAAA